CCUAACACCACCCACCAUUCUACCAGCAGCCAAUGACGUUUGGCCCCAGCCAUGUCCAGAAUGUGCUUGUUUGUCGAGAAUGGCUGCCACACCGCGAACCAGAACGGGACUGUUGCAAGAAGUGGGCCAUCACCGGACAACAUAGGUCAGUCUUGGUGAUUCGCAGCACAACCGCACACAAGCUAUUCUGUCAAUUCCUCCCACCGUCGUCACGGAACUCGUCAGCUGAAUGUAGUUGCAGCUACACAUCACGCAUGAAGAUUUUCUUUCAGGGGCCUGUAAGGCAGAAAAAUUGCAGUAGGAUAUCCGUACCAGCAUGCGAUUAUCUGAUUGAAAGCCUUCCCUCUGAGGUGAUCUGCGGUCAUCCCUGCGCCGCCGUGUGCCACCCAGGUCGUCCCGCAGCCAAGUGCUGCUUGCAUGCCGUCGGUCUAUUACAGUGCUUCCCGUUGUGCAUGAAUACCUCGUCAAGGCGCAUUAGGGACAGUAUCCCCCCCUCUCUUUUUUUUCACCAAGUUCAGGUGCUUCUGCUUGACCAUCGUCCCUCCGACCACACACACAGACCUAUCCCUUCAAUCUGGUCUGGUCACUGUUGCACGAGAAGAACCGAGACUGCAGUGGCCAAUUCGAACGACUGUGUUGAGUCGUCCCACACGACCCAGCCUGUGAAGACCGCUAAUCGCCUCCCCCCCUAAUCGCCUCCGAGUGUCGCAUCCAAAUCGAAACGGGCUAUUGGUUCUUACCGGAACGCCAUUUUCUACUGCUAUCAAAUCUUUCUACAGCCAGGGACCGAAUAAAAAAAGGGUUGUCAAAAAGAAAAGGGGGCCAAGCUCGAGGAAAGAAACGGCCGGGAAUCUCGUUGCCUUUCGCCUUCCGCAUUGCGAUA